AUGAUCGACUGGCACGCUUCAACAUGUCGUCGGCCGGAUCUUCGUUUCCUGCCCGGUCUAGAGGCUCAUGCGUGCUUCAGUUGCGGGGGAGUUGACACAGUCGCCGAAUCUUCCUCUGCGAAUGUGGCAAGAAAUUUCGACCUUCGUUGGCCCACUUCUUUGCCCUUCAUAGACGAUGCUGCCGACGAUAAUGGCUCAGUAGGCCCACCAAGCCUCAUCAGCCCUGCUUCAAACUCAGCUGUUGAGGGGGUCACUCUGGAAACAACAACUGCGGCAACUGAUUUCGGAAAAGACACAACCGCCCUGGCGAAGACGUCACUGUACACGUCCCUAUAUGCGCGAAAGAUUCGCCUUAUACGACUCCUUCCCGGCAAAUACAACGAUCCUAUAACCUGCGAUAUACGAGUUGUCGACUUGCAAAGCAAACCAGAAUACGAGGCGCUUUCAUAUACCUGGGCAGACUCCAAUGGGGAUACUUCCUUGUCAGAGACACUGCACGUCAAAGGCCAUCAUAACAUCCUGCGCAUCACUACAAACUGUGCUAAAGCCCUCCGGCGGCUUCGUUUUCCCUCCAUGAGUCGAGUGCUGUGGGUAGAUGCGAUUUGCAUCAACCAGGGUAACAAUGAAGAAAGAUCGCACCAGGUUGGAAUCAUGCAAUAUAUAUACGCCGCCGCCGAGAGAGUCCUCGUCUAUUUAGGUGAGGGAACAGAAGAGCCCGACCCAGGAACUUUUGUUCCGUGGAAGUACGAAAACCAGGGGAAUACACUUGACUUGAGCACGGAUCUAAGAAUGCAACCUUACUUCACGCGAGUGUGGGUAAUUCAAGAAAUUGCUUCAGCUCGGUCCGCCUGGAUCCUUCUUGGAGCCAAAGGAGCCAGAUGGGACGACUUCCUCAAGCCCCCAGACACCGACGACAUCGACUACAGGUCAAUGUGCAUCAUGAACUAUGAGUUCCUCAAGGCUCGUCAUCCAUGGCUUCAACUUGUCAGUCAACCAAGACACAAGAACCUGAAGGAGCUGUGCAGCUUUCUAUUCGCAACGGAGCGGUGCCAGGCGUCGGAUCCGAGAGACAAGGUCUUUGCUCUAUUAGGCCUUUUUAUCGGUACAAAGGACGCCGGACUGGUUCCUGACUAUACUCUCAGCCUCUCUCAAGUGCUCGUUGGCCUUACAGCAUUCCUUUUCCAGCAGAAUACUCGCUCAUGGCCGCUGCUAUUCGCCAUGGCCAGUCCAUCUUCUCUGGGCGACCGGCCUAAUUGGGCAGUUGACUGGUCCAAACCGACGAAUAGAAAGCAGAUUAUGCCAGGUUUGCGAACCCGGCGUCCUGCCUUUCCCGGUGCGACACCAAGGUUUUGCAAGAACGGCACCCUUGUACUCAAAGGCAUCCCUCUUCUGACUCUGGCAAACUGUACUCUCACGAAGCAGGCAGCAGAAGUCUCUUCCGGAAUCAUCAAAGGUAUUCGAUAUGAGCCAUACGCCUCAAAGAAAAAGCGAGAAUUGCAGCUCGAGACUUCGAGUUGGGCCCGCAACGGUGACAACUUGUACGCCAUCAAAGGUCUAUGCGAUCAUCUGCUUAUCCUCAGGCCAUUGGAAUAUACAAACAAGCAGUCUUUUGUUGGCAUUUGUGAGAGUGUCAACACAGAAUUAUCCGCCGUACUGAUUAAUCUUCUGGACCGGAAGAAGGCCCUCCUUUUCUCAACCUGGAACGAAAUCUUGGACCUUGGCAUCGAGGAUUGGUCAACCCCGGAGGCAUGGAGCGACCUGAAAGAUGCCUGUCGCCUAAUCCAAACAUAUUGCAAGUUUGAAAAGUGGGCACCGACAAUGAGACAUUGGGAUGAAAAUAUAGCAGACUCCCUUUCAUAUGUUGAAUGGUCCAAGGGCCCCCACGGUAUGCCAAGCGCAGUAUGGGAGUACUAUAAACACAUGUACUAUCAAGGCGGAUCACGAUUCCGUCGAGGCGUGUAUUACGACGAGUUAACAGAGCCGGCCGAAUACUCAACCAUCUUGUCAUAUCUUACAGUUCACAAGAAUCCCUUACUGGAUCUUCGGCAAGCCCUGCAUCGUUUUCGACAACGGCGAAACAAGUCACGCAAAGAGUACACUAAACCGGGCCACAAGGACAGCUGUACUUUGCGCAUAAAGCCGAAAUCCCCUGGGGGACAGGACCAAAUCGAAAUCGGUCUCACGGAUUUGUUGCUCCCGAUCUGCUGGUACUAUGGAGAAGACCAAAGUCUCAAAGAUGAAGAGCCUGUGCCAAGCCACUACUGGAAAUCUGGGAAUGAGUUUCUUUGGCGUCCUGGGUGCUUAGACAGCUCCGCCGAGAGGUUUUGGCAGCGGUUGGGGGCUGCAUUGCGAUCAGAGAUAACUUAUGACAACUCUGGCUACGAAUCCGCCAAAAAUUUCCUUCGGCGGCUGAUCGGCCAGAAACUAUCGGUCAAUUCCAGAAAGUUUGAGGGGCUGCUACAUUACUACUACCCUCACAUGAAUCUCAAAGGGGAGGAAGAGAAUGUCUCGCUUCUGAGGUGGAUCAGAAACUCAUUGGAGCUUGUUCCCAAUCGCAACUGGCAGCCCGAAUGGCAUUUCAACAAAAGUGAACCGAAGACAUGGGCUCAUUACUUUUGCAAAAUUUGGGGGGUGCUAUCUUGGCGGCCUGGGCUGAAUUCCGAUGGUACACCGAAACAAAUGGUCUAUGAGGGGAUACCGGAUCCUUAUCAACAACCACUGGGACAUAUACCGAAACAUACGGUCUAUGAAAUGCAUCAGGGCAAUGAGAAAAUGAUGAUUAAGAUCUUCGAGGAAGAGCUUAAUGCUGGAAUGUGGGCUUUCAAAGCGGGCUUCGAAGAAAGAGCGUGGCAUAUGCUUUUUGAAGUUGCUCAAGAAACCACGGCGCAUCUGCUUCCCCUCGAAAACGCGUUUCAGAGGCAGCGUGGGGGCGCGACUUGCGCGAACAAGACGGAAGAGAUGAAGUGGGAGGAUGUGUACAUUGUCUGA